CUCAAGCAGCGGCCCGGGUGUCCCCGCGGUCACCGCGGUGUCCGGCACCACGGGCCGGGGGCGGCCGUGGCACUGUCCCUCCCGACGGGCCGGGCUCUCCCCUCCCGUGCCCCGGGCAGCGCGGGCGCCCCGGGCGCUCCGUGAGGGCCGGGCCGGGCCGGCGCCACCGUCCCACCCCACCCCGCCCGCCGCUCCGCGGGUUCCCCGUCCCGGGCCGCCGCGGCGGGAUGGCGCCGGGGCUGCUGGACCUGGUGCACUUGACGACCUGGGCCGCGUGUGCCGUGAUCAAGUUGCCGCAGCUGGUGGCGGUGCUGAGGGCCGGCUCGGCGUGGGGACUCAGCGUGACCAGCCUCCUCCUGGAGCUGGGCGGCUUGCUUGUGUUUCUGAGGUACCAGAUCUAUUAUGAUUACCCCUUGGAGACAUACCUGGAGUAUCCCAUCAUCAUUGCACAAGAUGCCAUUCUCCUUUACUGUGUUAUGCAUUUCAGUGGAAAAGCAAAACGAGCUUUGUUCUAUGCAGUCGUAUUUUUGGGAGUCUGGUACAUGCUAACACUGCAGAAGUGGAUAAUAGACCUGUCCAUGAAUCUGUGCACGUUCAUCAGUGCUGCCAGUAAGCUGGUUCAGCUGCAGCAUCUCUGGCAGACCGAAGAUUCCGGACAAGCGAGCGCCCUGACCUGGGGCAUGGGUGCAUACACCUGUGCAACAAGAAUUAUUACAACUGUAAUGACCACAAAUGAUCUUGCAGUUCUCAUCCGUUUCAUAGUCAUGCUCAUUCUCAAUAUUUGGGUCACAGUCACAAUUCUGCACUACAGGAAGACUAGAAAGACUGAUUAGAAGACACUCGUCAGCACACAUACCAGUACCAUGAAAAAAAAAAUAAUUAAGCCUAAAGAAUUUAAGAAUUCCUUAAAGACAGAAGAAGCUCUCUUUCUCUAAUGUUUACCCUUUAGCAUACUUAUAGUAUUUACAGACUUACAGUAUAGUACAUUCAUGCUUACUUUCUCUUAGAAAUAAUUCUGAUAAGAUACUUAAUUUAAGCAGCAUAUUUUUAUUGGUCAUUUCAGACAAGUUUCACUGAUAUCACAUUUUCUCUGGAUUUUUUUUUUAUUACAAGGUAUUUCAUAAUUAGAUGUAUAUAUAUAUUCUGGUAUCACUUCAGUACUUUCUGGUUACAUAUAAGUAAUUUUCCUCCAUUAUACAUGAUCAAUUUUGCACCAAUAUACUGACUCAUCCUUCUGCUGCAAAACUGAAAAACCACAACAGAUGUUUGUCUUCUUGCAAGCAACUCAAUUAGUUCAACAUUAACUGUCUAUAUUUUAGGAUGAAGAAAAUCUGAGUCAAGGCCCAAUCACAAAUCCAGUUGGGACUGUAGCACUUACAUGCAACACUUAAAUAGUACAAUUUAUACAGUUGAUUACAGGAUACCCAUAGUCACAGUAUACCCAGUUUUUAUCAGGUAAGAGCAAAAACUCAACUAUGAUUUUUUCAACCUCAGCCCUUAUUCACUGAACAUACUGAUUUGGGAACAGCAGGAUCUAGAGUAUAUGGGAGUAAUGAAACUGUGACCGACAGUUAAAAAUGCUGUUCAAGCAGAAGUUCCUUGAACAAUAACCAGGAUUCCCAAACACCAUCCAUACUGACAGUGACAUGUGCACCUUGAUGCAUCUCAGCAGACUGAUUUGCCAUGGCUGUCAGGUUUUGGUGAUGCUGCUCUGUGGUUCAUGAGUUUUUGGCCUGUCAGUGCUAAGUGUGUUGAAGAAUACAGACUUCACUUAAACUUUUACAUCAGAAAUUCUAUCAAUUUGUAGUACUUCGAGUAAAAAGGGGGAAGGGAUAGUCCUGACAACUAUUAAAAGAGGAUUUUGGUUUUGGAAGUACUGCCUUCACAACCAAAAGUUUCAUUAGUAAUCAUGUAGCUUGCCUUCAUUUCUCAUUACAUUCCCCAAACUUAAAAAGAUACAACAUUUCAAAGGUCAGUAUUCUUACAGUAUUCUGUUGAUUGGCAUUUAAAAACCAAGGCACCCUUGAUCUCAACACCUUUGAAAACUGUGGGAAGACUGCACUGACUACAUUUGAGGCAGGUUUUCUUCACAACAUUCUAAAUUGUGUAACUGCUGUGGAGCAAAGGGAUCUGCAAAAGCAGAUGUUUCUUCCAGUGAGCACGCAGCAAUUGGAGCAGGGCCUUCACCAUCAGAAAACAGCUGCAUCUUACUCUAAAUUUUAGUAUGAAGGGCAGGGAAGACGUGUCUGUGACCUUUGAUUUCAUGUAUCCCACAUAACUGAGAGCAAGUCAAAGUUGAGAUUUUUUUUCAGUGCUCCAAUAAAAUGUGUUAAUAUUUCUAUGUUGCUUGGAAGAUUAAUUGUAAACAUUCUGAUUUUAUUAAAGCUGUGUAAAGUAUCUGAAGUGCUCUAAAUGGUGGCAGGAGGUGUGUGAUACAUUUUCCAGGUGAUAUUAAAAAAUGCUCUUCUUCAA